UUCUGUUACAGUUCUACAUUCUGCUCCCAGAGGGCUUAAUUUUUUCGGAGUCGAUCUCCCUACUGGUGUAGGCAGAUCUCUUUUUUUCUUUCUUUUUUUUUUUCUUACUGUAUCGCUUUCUUUUUCACUUCCCAAUCUGGAAACACUCGCUCUCUCCAAAAUCUUUUGCUGCUUUUCGUCAUCCAGCUCAUCCUAAUUGAUGAUGUGCGACCGUGUUGCAGUUGCAGUUGCUUAGCAGCUCCCAUUUUGUCAGAAGGGAACAGAAAUAAACAACUUAUUUGAGAGACUGAGGUGAGGUGGUGGAGGUGGAAACUAAUUAAUAGAUUAGGUUGGUUGGAUAUGGACAUGGACAUGGAAAUGGAAAUGGACAGGUGCAACGUCAAUUACAAGCUGGGUAGCUGCAGCAGCAGCGAUAUAUAUGAUCUUGCUCCGCCACAAAUCUCAAGAACAAACCCCAAUUGUUAUUAUUCGUCUCCAAAUUUAGGGUCUUCUUCUUCAAUGGUGGGAAUGGUGUUCUCCGAUUUGGGAGUUUCGGCCUGCAGAAACCCUCCCAACUUCGAAACGGAAUUAGGCUCUAAUAAAUCGGAUUGGGGUUUUUUAAUGGAGGAGAAAGCCUCCGAUUCCAGCGACAACUUCAAUGUGGAGAUGAUUGAUCUCAAUGCAAGCUUGAACGAAGAAGACGACCGGGAAUCCGACAUGCAGCCGUUGACCAACAAGGAUCAUCCGAACAACAGUUCCACCGGACAAUCCAAGCUUUGCGCAAGAGGCCAUUGGAGGCCUGCGGAAGACUCCAAGCUGAAGGAGCUCGUGGGUCUCUACGGCCCUCAGAACUGGAAUCUCAUUGCCGAGAAAUUGGAAGGAAGAUCAGGUAAAAGCUGCAGAUUGAGGUGGUUCAAUCAGCUGGAUCCCAGGAUAAACAGAAGGGCGUUUACUGAGGAAGAAGAAGAGAGGCUAAUGGCGGCGCACAGGCUGUACGGAAACAAAUGGGCAAUGAUUGCGAGGCUUUUCCCGGGGAGAACCGACAAUGCCGUGAAGAACCAUUGGCAUGUUAUAAUGGCGAGGAAGUACAGAGAGCAAUCCAGCGCCUACCGGAGGAGGAAAAUGGGACAAUUUGUUUUCAGAAGAAUGGAGGAGGAUGAAUGUGAUCAAGUCUCCCAUCCCAAUAUUGUAAACGUCCCUCCUCCUCCUCUUCCUGCUGCUGCUGCUUCAGCCAUCCCUACUUCUGAAUCACCAUUUGCCGGCGGCGGGAUUGUCUACGGCUCCUCCGGCAAUGGGUUUUUAUGUGGAUCGAUGGCUAUGGACUCCAUUAAUAAUCACUUCGGAAACACUGCAAUGGCGAACAACAGCUGGCUUUGGGCACCACAGGCAGCAUCCCUUGGUUUCUUUCCAGGAGGAGGAGGUCCCCAUGGAAAUGGAAAUGGAAGCAGCAGCACAAGCCCCGGUGACAUGAUGGGCAUUUUCAGCCACAGCAAAGGCUGGGAAGCCACCAAUCCACACUACUCAUCAUCCCUCAUGAGUGCAGCAAUCCAUCAACAGUCUCACUAUCAUUACUCCUCAGAUUUCACAGCAUCAGCACAGGAAUUUUCACCCAAUGCAUCAGAGGAGAAGCUAGCACCACCAUUUAUAGACUUUCUUGGGGUUGGAGCCCUGUGAAGAAAAUAUUAUAAAUAAAAAAAGAAAAAGGAGAGAAAGAGAUGGCCUGAGAGCAAAAAAAUCAUAUCUUGAUUCAUCAUCCAUCAUUACUGAACAGCCAGCCCCGUUUAAUGCUCUUCUUAUGUUGUCUUGCCAAUUUAAUACAGUGCCAGCCAGCCAGCCAUUUUGUUGGGGAGUCAAAUGGUUUGUAAGAAAAACAGUGGAAAACUCAUUCAUUUGGGUAAUAGGAAGAUCGCCAGAACAAUCAUCAGGUUUGAACUCAUUUGCCUAACUUACUUCUUCUCUGCAACUUCAUUAUCAUCAGAUUGAAUCAUUUGAGGGGUUUUGUCUUGUCAUAUCCCAAAUCCUCUCAUCUCCCUCUUCCUCUCUUUUUCAAUUAUUAAUCAAUUUAUUUAUUUAUUUGUAUCUGUCUUCUCUCUCUCUACUUAUUUAAUUCCUUUGAAGAAGAAUGUGACACAAAUUAAAGCAAGCAAGCACAAGCAGAAGCACGCAUGUAUCCACCUUGUAUGUACAAAUAAAUACAUAUCAACUACAUUAAAAAGUAGCAAUUGGGGGCAAUUUGGACCACUGGCCUGUGAUAAUUUGUUCUGUUUGUAGC